AUGCCUCUGUUCACCGCCAACCCCUUCGAGCAAGAUGUGGAAAAGGCUACGAAUGAGUACAACACUACAGAAGAUUGGAGUCUUAUUAUGGACAUAUGUGACAAAGUUGGAAGCACUCCUAAUGGAGCAAAAGACUGCCUAAAAGCCAUAAUGAAAAGGGUAAAUCAUAAAGUUCCUCAUGUUGCUCUGCAGGCACUAACUCUUCUUGGGGCUUGUGUGGCAAACUGUGGAAAGAUAUUUCAUUUAGAAGUGUGUUCCCGUGAUUUCGCAACAGAAGUACGUGCUGUGAUAAAAAAUAAGGCUCAUCCUAAAGUAUGUGAAAAACUGAAAUCGUUAAUGGUAGAAUGGUCAGAAGAAUUUCAGAAGGACCCUCAGUUUAGUCUAAUAUCUGCAACUAUUAAAUCUAUGAAAGAAGAAGGAGUUACUUUUCCUCCAUCAGGUUCUCAGACUGUCUCAGCUACUGCCAAGAACGGUACGUCAUCGAACAAAAACAAAGAAGAUGAAGAUAUAGCUAAAGCUAUUGAAUUAUCACUGCAAGAGCAGAAGCACCAGCACACAGAAACAAAACCCUUGUAUCCAUCUGCAGAGAUUCAGUCAGAUCAGAAAGUCGCGAGGAAAGUGAGAGCUUUGUAUGAUUUUGAAGCUGUUGAGGACAAUGAACUCACCUUUAAACAUGGCGAAAUUAUUAUUGUUUUGGAUGACAGUGAUGCUAAUUGGUGGAAAGGAGAAAAUCACAGAGGAAUAGGACUCUUCCCAUCUAAUUUUGUAACAUGUAAUUUAAACAUAGAAUCGGAGGCAGCAGUUGUCGACAAAUUGAAUAUAGUUGAUGAAGAGGAGGAGGAAAUUAAGAAAUCAGAGCCUGAGCCUGUUUAUAUAGAUGAGGAUAAGAUGGAUAGAGCCUUGCAGGUACUGCAGAGUAUAGAUCCAACAGAUUCAAAACCAGACUCCCAAGACCUCUUGGACUUAGAAGAUAUCUGCCAACAGAUGGGUCCAAUGAUAGAUGAAAAACUUGAAGAGAUUGAUAGGAAGCAUUCAGAAUUGUCUGAAUUGAAUGUAAAAGUCUUAGAAGCUCUGGAACUUUAUAAUAAGUUGAUGAAUGAAGCACCAGUAUAUUCAGUCUAUUCAAAGAUCCACCAUCCAGCACAUUACCCAUCUUCAUCAGUUGGAGUUCCAAUUCAGACAUACCCAGUUCAACCACAUGGUGGAAACUAUAUGGGUCAAAGUAUUCAGCACGUCACUGUUGCCCAGAGCUACAGCCUAGGACCAGAUCAGAUUGGUCCACUGAGAUCUCUGCCUCCAACUGUGAAUUCCUCAGUGACAACACAGCCUGCUCAAACUCCGUACUUAAGCACUGGACAAGACACUGUUUCCAACCCUACUUACAUGAACCAGAACUCUAACCUGCAGUCAGCUCCUGGUGCAGCGGCUUACCCGCAGCAGAUGGGGGUGCCCGUGGAUCUGUCGUCUUACCAGAACACUACUUCCAACUUGCCGCAGUUGGCAGGCUUUCCCCUGGCAGUUCCGGCUCAUUCAAUUGCACAGCCGCAAACAAAUUACCAUCAACAGCAGCCUCUCCUUUAA